AUUAUAUUUCUGUAAGAAUAAAACCUUCCCUUAAAUCCUUCCUGUAAAAAUUCAAGGGUGGGGAGGAGAUGGUGACCACCAUACCACACAAGAAAAACCAAAUCCAAAUCCAGAGAAGAAGCAAUCGAAAGAUGGCAACAAAUUAAACCAAAACCUGAAUUAUUUGAUCAAUUGCCUCAUCUCUACGCUCCCAAUCAGAAUCAAAACCUCCUAGAUUUCUUCUUAUUUCCACAAAAAAGAGAAGUGAUGGCAGGUGAGGAAGAUAUUCACUCAUCAACCUUGAAUUCUCAAUUAAGCCAUACAAAAACARUUUUGAAGGAGGAUAUGGAGCAAGGUCAGUCUCAAGUGGAUGUAUUGGAAGCAAAGCUUGGUGAGGUUACUUCAUGUAUGCAGGAAUCUGGUGAAGAUGCCAAAAAGGAAUUGGAGGUUCUUUGGCGAAGAGUAAAAACAACAACAACAUUAUUGACAUAUUUGGAGUCAAAAGCAAGAAUAAUGACAAUUCCACAUUUAGCUCUUACCUCCUGUGGCAUCAAACAGUCAGAUGGGGAAGGGUUCAUUGAUAGGAGUGGGGCACCCAUGUCUAGUUGGUCUGGAAAUGUGAAGUUCCCUAACUUGGACUGUCGGGAGGUUGAAACAUGGAUCGGCAUUAACAGUCAACAUGGCAACGUUGAUGAACAAGACGGGUCUUAUAUGGGGGAAAUUCUGAGUAGUGUGCAAACAGUAACAGAUGUGAUGGAGUCUCUUGUCAAAAGGGUACUCGUGGCGGAAUCUGAAAGUACUAAUGCGAAACAGAAAGUAACCUUAGGUCAGGAAGAGAUUAAAAAGAAGGCAGUUCAGAUUGAAACCAUGUCAGAGAAGUUGGAUGAGAUGGAUCGCUUUGCAAUGGGUACAAACUGUAUUUUGAAUGAGAUGCGGCAAAGGGUUGAAGAUUUAGUUGAAGAAACAUCUAGGCAGAGGCAACGAGCAGCAGAAAAUGAACAGGAGCUUACUCGUGUCAAGCAGGACUUUGAAUCGUUAAAAUCCUAUGUCAGUAGUCUCAUAAGUGUCAGAGAAACACUUGUUUCGUCAGAGAAGCAGUUUCAAACCAUCGAGAGGCUUUUUGAACGGUUAGUUGUAAAGACAACACAGCUAGAGAGUGAAAAACUGCAGAAGGAAGCGGAAGUCCAAAAACUUAUGGACGAGAAUAUGAAAUUGAGUGCUCUUCUUGACAAGAAAGAAGCCCAGCUCUUGGCCAUGAAUGAACAAUGCAAGGUAAUGGCACUCUCUGCUUCCAACAUCUGAUUUCUUUGUUUCUCAAAUUCGGCUUAAUUUUUCGACUAAAAAUGCUCAUGCUGACCUGUUCCCGGAGUUGAUUACGUUAAUCGGGAAUUCUGUGUUGAAAUUUUUCUUUGUGUAAUGUAAUGUGAAAGAAGAUCUUGCUACAUUUUGAAUCAUAAUUGAAUAUGUGAACUCUCUUCCUUUUUUUAUUCUGUUCUCAGAUUUGAAUGUGUUCACUUGCAUGAUUUGAUGCAGUUCUUGGAAUAUAA